AUGUGGGCAAACUUGAUCUCGUUCGCCUAUUUUGCAGUAGCAGUACAAGCAGCGCGCCCACAUGGUUUGACCAGCGAUGCUGCCGUCUUCGCAUCACAAUCGUUUGAUUUCCUUAUCAUUGGUGGCGGGACAGCGGGGUUAACUACAGCGGCAAGGCUCUCUGAAGUCUCUUCUGUAACUGUUGGGGUCAUCGAAGCAGGCCAAUUUUUCCCUGAUGAACCACUAGUGAACACGCCGUUACUAUUUGGGAGGGUUCUUGGAAAUCCGAACUUUGAUUGGAACUUUGCCACUGUUCCUCAGCCCCGGCUCAAUAACAGAGUCAUUGGCUUUCCCAGAGGGAAAAUGCUUGGUGGUUCGAGCGGCGUUAAUUUCAUGGUUUUCGGCCGUGGUUCUAAAGACGAAUAUGAUGCCUGGUCUUUCUUAGGCAACCCCGGUUGGGAUUGGAAGGGUCUACUGCCGUAUUUCAGGAAGUCGGAAACAGUGACUCCCGGAGAUGCAGACGUGCUGCCUGGCGUGUCUGCACCGCCUGGGGUGAAUUCAAACUUUGCGGGUAACAACGGACCCCUUCAGAUCGGUUUCAAUACGAAGAAGACAUUCGUACUGCCCGAGCUAGCAUCAAAAUUCGCCACCAGUUUCAAAAAGGUUGGCGCAUUCGUCAACCCUGAUCCAGACUCUGGAAACGCUACCGGGGUCUUCCAGACGCCUCGUUCCGUUGAUCCAAAGGGUGCCAGGUCAUAUGCUGCGUCAGCCUACUUCGCUCAGGCUCAACGGCGGGCGAACCUUCUUGUUCUCACUGGCGCUGAGGCCACUAAAAUCCUGUUCUCGAAGAAAGGAAACUCACUUGUUUCCACGGGCGCUGUGGUAUCUUCGAAUGGAAAGUCAGUAACUGUGAGGGCCACCAAAGAGGUUAUUCUUGCUGCAGGCUCCAUCAAGACGCCCCAGUUAUUGGAACUCUCUGGGAUAGGCCAAAAGGCUUUGCUGAGCAAAUUAGGAAUCCCAGUCCUACAAGACUUGUCCGGAGUUGGCGAGAAUUUGCAGGACCACAUGCUGAUCUCCCAAGAUUUCCUCUUGAAAGAACCAGCACCCUUUACUUGGGACCAAAUCAGAAAUAACGCAUCAUUUAAUGAUGAACAACUUGCCCUCUACGCGAAGACAGGCUCCGGGAUAUACGCCGCAUCAGGGGGCAUAUUCUCAUUUGAACCUCUUCAGGCAAUCCUUCCCAAGAGCCAAGUUUCGAAGAUACUCGGUCAGCUGGACCUCGAGUUACUGCAAAGCAAGGCAAACCCCUUGCAGAUUGCUCAAUACCUGAUCCAGCGGAAAUUACUCGCUGAUGGAAAGGUUGGACAGAUCGAGUUCUCCUUCGUUCCAGGUGGCCCCACGAUUGCCUCUCCGUUGCCCGGGAGGAGCUACGUUAGCUUGACGGCUUUGUCGUCGCGUCCGUUCAGCCGUGGUUCGGUCCACAUCAACACCACUGCCCCAACAGCACCCCCAAUCAUUGACCCCAACUAUUUCGACUUUACGUUCGAUCAGCAACUUAUGACUGCCGGCUUGCAAACCGUCCACAAGAUUGCAGCGGCCGAGCCCUUAGCGUCGUUCAUCGAGGCGCCUUCUACUCCACCAGCGAGCGCGGCCAACGACGGAUUUGUGAGCUUCGCCAAGCAGGGCUCUGGAACUGUUUUCCAUCCUUGUGGUACCGCGGCUCUUGCCCCUAAGAUCCUAGGAGGCGUUGUCGACCCCAGCCUCAAGGUCUAUGGCACAUCCAACCUCCGGGUUAUAGAUGCAAGUGUUAUCCCGCUAGCUUUUGCUGCACAUAUGCAAGCAACUGUUUAUGCCAUUGCAGAGAAGGCUGCUGAUAUCAUCAAGCACGAUAAUCGCCUCUAA